GCCCCAAUCUUCUUUACUGUGUUGUUAAACUGGUCGUGCCACAAAACAUGGCUUUCGUACAAUGGGGCGCACAUAUUUUCUUUACCGCGUUGAACUGGUUGUGCCAUAAAAAAAAUCAUUUUUACCUAUGUGCGGGAUCUACGAAGUUAGUCCAAAAUAUUUUAUAAACACAGCAUUAUUGGUCAAAAACAUCAACUAAACAAUCGCUCUAAUGCCGACGCAGUUUUCUGGGGGUUUGGUUAUCUGCAUCGAACAAAUUGUACGCGUAAUUAGACAAACAACGUAUCAGUUGAACGUUUUAAAGUUUUACAAUAGCGACGCCUAUCGCAUCUGGAGUGUCGUGUCUUUUGCAAUAGACCUUUCACCAAACAAAGGUUAAAUAUGUGUCUGUCAAAUCUUAUCAGCUAUUAGAUUGUGCCCUCGUUUACCAACUAGACUAAUGUAUAGCCUCAUUUAUUAGUUAAAGUUUAUGUGAGGUGUCUAUUACGUGCUGACUUUUAAACGCGAGAAUGUUGCUGAUGGGGACUUCCAAACAGGAUAUGACGCGCAUCUAUUUUCUGCUUGGAGUCAUCGCAGUGACUGUCUGUUCUGCAAUGCUUCUAGAUGGUGACACUGCAGUUCAAACUACUGGUCGAGUACAAGGCAUGUGUAGAGAUGAUACCGCCACAAAUUGUUCUUCAUUCACCUCGGCAGCGUGUCUUCAAUUUAAAGAGAAUACCGCAAGAUUAUGCCCUAAAACUUGUGGAUUCUGUCACUGUUACGACAACGACGAACACUGCCAUCAGUUUGCAGCCAACUGUGAUAGGUUUGACAUGCUUAAAGGCGGUGCGUGUAAUCUUACGUGCGGACAAUGCGGUAAUUAUGAAUGUCCUACGUGA